AUGAUUUUAGAAUAAGCUGUAUAAUAUAUAUUAACGAUAUAAGUUAUGUGAUGAGAAUGAAUAUACAAGGUUAGAAAAAAUAAGAAUUGGAUGUAAGUAUAUAUCAUCCCAAAUGCCAUUUAUGACAUCUUUUAAUGAUCCAUAAACUAUAAAAUAGUGUAAUAUUUUAAAAUGAUUUUAAGUAAUUUGCUGUUAUCCUUUUUCAAAGAAUAAUGUUGAACUUCUAGUUUCAGCUCUUUUUGAUCGAUUUAGAGAUUUAGACUUUUUCAAUUCAUUUUACAAAGCAAUAAAUGAAAUUUCUCAAUUCCCAGAACAAAAAGUGCUUCUUAGUAAUGCUAGAAGUAUAAAAUAAUCAUCAAGAAAAUCAAUUUUGAGGUAUUUCUAAUUUUAUAUUUUUAGAGGAGCAGGAGCAUCAACAGUUUAAUAUUCAAAAUAAUUAAUAGAGAGUCUCAUAAAGGUAAAAUAAUUUGCUUCUCAAUAUCUAUUUUAAUUGUUUCAAUUAGGAUCUGAAUUGGAUAUUAAUUUAGAAGAACAAGCAAAUAUAUUUUUGAAAUUUCUGAGAAACACAAAAGAGGAAGGCUUCAUUACAGAGAUAAUUGAUAUCUUUUAAAAUAUCAAAUAGAACAUAUUCAGAAAUUCUUUAUGGUCAAUCUCCAUUGAAGAUUAAAUUGAAUAGUGUAAUUUAGAUAUGAAAAGAAUUUAGACUUUUAUACAAUCUAGCAUCCUUCAACAGUAACAAGAAUCGAAGUUCCAUAAUAUGAUACUGAUUCAGAGACAGAACAAUCUGAAAUUGAUAUGUAUGAAGUGAUAGAAGAAUGGAUAUGUUCAGAUGAACAAGGUUACAUCAAAUAAUAAAUAGAGUACUUCAGAAAUGAUGUUUAUUUUGAAUUCAUUAUGAAGUUAAUCUUUGAUCCUCUUAAUUCAUAACCAAUACCUUUAUGGGUAUUAGUAUAUAUUUAUAAAAUAGUUUAAAAUUCUAAUAAAUGAAAAAGAUGACAUUAAUGAUUAUAGAAUAUGGAAAUCAGAUUCCUAGAAGCUAGAUCCUGUAUACAAUCUUAGAUCAAAAAAAGUUUUAAAGAUAAUCACUAAUGAUAAAAAUUUUGCUAUCAUUACUAAAUAAGUACCUCAAUUGUUGAUGAAAAUAUGUAAAUUAUAAUUCAAUUUAGUUUAUAUGAUUUAUGAAUCUCUUGCAGAUUAUGAGAAAAUAGUUAAUCUGUAACAUAUAGGUUUUUUAAUUGAUUACUUAUUUUUGCAAAGUCCUAAAUCUUGUCUCUAUUAUGUUGUAGAUUUAAAUUUGCUAUUUGCUUUUUCUUAAUACAUUUAUAAUCCUUAUUUAUUAAAUAUUUGUGAAAGUAAUCUUUAUAAAUAUUCUAGAGAUGAUGAAUUUAAUUGAUGAUGAAUAUUAAUUAGGUAUGCAUGUUUAAGAAUUAUUUUGGUUAUAUAUUUAAUCUUCUUAAUUAUUUGAUUAUCUAACAUUAAUAAUGACUAAUUAACCAGUAGACAGAUCUAAGUAGGAGAGAUCUUAUAAAUCUGAAUAAGCAGUAAUAAAUUAGAUUAAUUUUAGUAUCAUGUUAUUCCAUUAUUGAAGGCUUAAACUAACUUUGAUAAAUUACCUAUAAUUUAAGAAUCAAAUUUAAGUGAGAAAAAAUACUUAACUGAACUCUUAGGUUAAAUUACUCCAGGUAAAACUCCAAAUGAUUUUUAUGGAAUGACUAAAAAUAACUGGCAUUUGUAUGAUGAUAUAUAAGAAUAUGUUUCAAGUCAAGAAUUUAAGUUUAAAGAUUUAGAUAAUCUAAAUGAAUUUGUAAAAUAAAGAAAUUAAAAUCAUUCUAAAUUUUAACAUAAUUUUGAUGAAUAAAAAUUUAAAAGAUAAAGAACAAUAGUUUUAACUUAACACAAUUCAGUAAGUCCAUAAAAUAAAGGAUUAUGUGGUUAAAAGUUAAGUGCUAUUGAUAUAGAUAAAUUUGAAACUAAAUCUACACUUAAUAAAAAUAGUAAAGCCUUACCUCGAUUAAAUUCAGCCACAAAAUAAAAUAAAUGGAUUAAUGUUAAUUAAUAAAAAAAUUAUCUUAGACAAGGUACUCAAUAGAAACAAUAAUUGCUUAUGAACACUUCAAUUCGAUUAAGAACUUUUGGUUCUGAUAAGUCUGAUUUUAGUUCUAAUGACGGAUUUUCGAGUAGUCGUUUGAAAACUAUUUAUCCUAGUUAUAAGAUGCAAUAAGAGACUAAAUUUGAGAAGGAUUUGUAAUAAAUACAUAAAAAUGAAUCCACAGCUUCUUCUUGUUCUUAAUUAAUAAAGGGAUUAAUUUAAACAGCAUUUCACUAUUGUUGGAGGAAAAUUAACACUUUAGGAUUAUGCAAACAAUUAUAUAAAUUAAAUACAGAUUUAGUAUUUUGUUCAAUAAUUACAAAAAAUAAUUUAGAAAGAUUAUUUCAAAUUUAUUUAUCAUCUUUACAUUGUUCAAAUGAUGGAUUAUUAUCUAGUGCUGAUGAAUGUGGGAUGAUUAUUAAUUAAAUAUAUUCUAACUAUCCUAGACUAAAAUAAUCUAAUUUAAUUGUGGAAAGUUUAAAAACAUGUUUUACAAAUGUUAUUGAUUUCUUAUGUAAGACAAUUGUAAAACUAAAUAAAUAAUAAAAUAAAAUGGGUCAUUAAUAAUUAAAUUUCAAAUAAUUUAUUAUUACUGAUACAAUAUUAUAUGGAUUUUAAAUGUUUGAAUAAAGUAAAUCCUAAAUUUAAUAAAAGAAUCCUUAUUUGUAUUUGAAUGAGACUGUAUUACAUAUUUUAGUAAUUUGGUAUUUCGAUUACAUUUAAUUGAAUAUCCAAUAGGAAUAAUUUAUCAAUUUAUUUAUCCUUAUUAUGACAAGAGCUCCAUAACAUAUAAUUAUGCAUUUAAUUUUUAAAUUGGGAUUUAUCACUUCUCUAUAUAAUUUUUAUUCAAAAUAUAGUAAAAAUGGUAUGAUAUGCACAACAGGUGUAGAAUCAUUUUAUUUACAUUUAACAUUCAUUAUUCAUAUAAUUAAUGAAUCAAUUAAUAAUAGAAAUCUAUCUGUUGUUUAAGUAAGUUUAAAUUAAUUACAAUCAUGGUAAUCCUUACUACAAAUACUUCCAAAUCCAAACAGUAAGGCAGUUCUAAUAUUGAAUUAGAGAAUGAAAUGUUCUUCAAUUUUUAUACCUACAAGAGUAGCUGUAAAUUAAUUUCAUAGUAUGAAAUCUAUGGAUGGAGAAUAGAUCAUAGUUCCAUAGAAAAUGAUUUUAGAUUCUAUUAAAUAGAAGUAAUAAUUCAAAUAAUUAUAUCUAAUAGAUUAAAUGUGCCUACCGAUCUUAUUGAUAAAAAGAAAGGUUAGAAAUUUUUGAGUUGUGUCAAGGAAAAAGUUGAACAACAAAAAAAAGAUCAUUAAGUAAAGGCUAGAUGA